AAAGGAACAACAAAAACGAAAGUGCAAGACGAGCCACUAAUGCUUGGAACAUCCAGGAAGAACAUGCCAACUCCCCCGCUAUCAGACCUACAAUCUCAACAAUAUACACUUCUCACGAUGGUGAAGGGUAUAAAAAUUUGGCAAGAAAUUUAAUUUUGUAUUAAAGAACAUGCGUUAACAGCUUUAAAAUAAAUUUUUAAUUAUUCUUUUGGACAUUUAGCAUAUUACAAUUAUAUAUUAAUAUGCUAAAUGUCCAAAAGAAUAGUUAAAAAUUUAUUUUAAAAUUUAAAUCAGUUAAAUGUUGAAUCAGUUAAAGCUGCUGUAAGUUAGGAAGAAACAUUCGAAAUUUAAAUUGAAUUUUGAUUUCCAUUUAAGAAAGUUAUAUCAUAAACAUUAGAUUAUCAUUUUCAUUUAAAUAGUUUAUUUAAUGUAAUUAAUGUAUUUCGUUUUCUUUGUAUAUCUAAAAAAACUAAACUUUUAAUUGCAUUUUCUGUUUAGGUUUAUUUACAAUAUUCAUUUUUUAACAAUAACAAAUUUUAAAAAAUAAAUGCUUAUAUAUUGGUACCACUGUAAAUGUUUUCAAUGCAAUCUGGCACCCUUGCGUGUUUAAAAAACAGCUGUGCUUUGUUUUCAAACAAACGUUUGACACAAGAGAUUGAAGUUUUUACUUUGUAAAUUCACUUUAAUUUAUUUUUUUUUUGAAAAAAGCCGUAUAUUUUUGAAACAAAAUGGGUGAACGCAAAGGACAAAAUAAAUACUAUCCGCCUGAUUAUGAUCCAAAAAAAGGAGGCCUUAACAAAUUCCGUGGAACCCACGCUUUGCGGGAACGUGCAAGAAAAAUCCACUUGGGCAUAAUAAUCAUUAGAUUUGAAAUGCCCUACAAUAUUUGGUGUGAUGGAUGUAAGAAUCACAUAGGAAUGGGUGUUCGUUAUAAUGCGGAAAAGACCAAAGUGGGCAUGUACUAUUCCACUCCCAUCUACAAGUUUCGCAUGAAAUGUCAUUUAUGUGACAAUCACUUUGAAAUACAAACUGAUCCUGGUAAUCUGGAUUAUGUGAUACUAUCGGGUGCUAGAAGACAGGAAAAUCGUUGGGAUCCUACACAAAAUGAACAAGUUGUGCCAGAAACGAAAGAAGUACAAAAACGUUUGUUUGAUGAUGCCAUGUACAAGUUGGAACAUCAAGCCAAAGAUCAAAAGGCCGGAGAUCAGGCGAAGCCAGUUUUGGAGAAGUUAAUGGAAAGGAAUAAGACAGUAUGGAGUGAUUGUUACGAAGCAAAUUGUAAAUUGAGAGCAGAAUUCAGGACUAAGAAAACCGAAUUGAAAGCAUUGAAAGAACUUGAUGACAAACUAUUGGCUAAAAGUAGUCUGGAUAUAGCACUUUUGCCCGAAACUCAACAGGAUCGUCAAAUGGCUGCUCUAAUGAAACUGCAAAGUAAAAGUGCCCAAGAAAGAGAGGAAGAAAAACGCAUUGAUAUAUUGCUACAACCAACACUACCAGGAGCAACACAAACAACUUUUGGUGGUCUUAAACGACAAAAAGCCUUAAGUUCUAAUCUAGAUUAUAAACAAUUGGGAAUCAAAAGAAAACAAAUUGAAAGCGAAAGUAGUAAUACAACUAAAAAUUGCCCAGAUAUCGAACAGAAAUGUAAUAAUAAAGAAGUGGAAUCAAUUGAAGAUAUAAAUGAAGCAAAUGGAGACAAUCCAACAACGUCUGCAAAUGCCGCUAAUGCUUGUUUAGUAGAUUUACCCAAAAGUUUAGCAUUAGUUUGUGAUUAUGCGAGUUCCAAUUCUUCCAUAGCAUCUCAAUCCUCAGAUCCUUCAGACAAUGAAGAAAGCUAAAUAAUAUUUAUUUAGAAUUUUAUUACAUGUAUAAACAUAAUAAGAAAAUACAUAAUAGUUUUAAGUAGAAAAUAAUAAUAAAGGUUUUAUAAAUCGGCUGUUACAGCA